GGACCCAAGUACUUUUGCUUCCACUUUCCAAGGCACCCAAAAACAAUUCUACUGUCAAUAUGGUUAUGGUCAACCUGCAACUAUCAUUUCUUCAAAUUAACUGCCUCCAAGUAUAGUAAUAAUAUAAAGUCUCUAUCUAUCUAUCUACCCCCCAUGUCUUUGCCUAUAUAAACCCCAAUUACUUAAAAGCUUCUUCAUUCAUACUUCCAUAGCUUCUUCAUUCUGAAUCUGAAUAGGAGAGGAGAGAAGGAGAGGAGGAGAUAUGGAGAUCCCUGUGAUUGACUUUAAUAAGCUUGAUGGUGAGAAGAGAAGUGAAACCAUGGGCCUUCUCCACCAGGCUUGUGCAAACUGGGGCUUCUUUCAGAUUGAGAACCAUAGAAUUGACAAAGAGUUGAUGGGAAAAGUUAAGCACUUAGUGAAUCAGCAUUAUGAGGAGAACAUGAAGGAAAGCUUCUAUGAGUCAGAGAUAGCCAAAGGCUUGGAGAACAAAAGCAUUACCUCUGACAUAGACUGGGAAAGUGCCUUUUUCAUCUGUCAUCGUCCAAAGUCAAACAUCGAUAAGUUUACAAACCUCUCAGAUGAUCUUUGCAAAACUAUGGAUGCAUACAUUGAUCAACUGAUCAAGCUAGCAGAAAAGCUAUCUGAGCUCAUGAGUGAGAAUCUUGGGUUAGAGAAUGAUUACAUAAAGGAAGCAUUUUCAGGAAGCGAAGGUCCUUCUGUGGGAACCAAAGUUGCAAAAUACCCUCAAUGUCCUCGACCUGAACUUGUUAGAGGACUUCGUGAGCAUACAGAUGCUGGUGGAAUCAUUCUCUUGCUCCAAGAUGACCAAGUCCCGGGUCUUGAAUUCUUCAAAGACGGUAAAUGGGUAGAAAUUCCACCUUCAAAGAACAACACAAUUUUCGUCAACACAGGAGACCAAGUGGAAGUGCUAACUAAUGGAAGGUAUAAGAGUACCUUGCACCGUGUAAUGGCUGACAAGAACGGAAGCAGAAUAUCCAUCGCCACUUUCUACAAUCCCGCAGGAGAUGCUAUCAUUUCUCCAGCUCCCAAACUCUCAUAUCCCAAUCACUUCCGUUUUCAAGAUUAUCUGAACCUUUAUGCAACAACUAAGUUUGCAGACAAGGGCCCCAGAUUUGAAACCAUGAAGAAAAUGUCAAAUGUCCAUCAGAGUCUUCUUGUCUAGAAGAAUAAUUACUUUAUGUUUUGUGUUUUUGCUUACUCAGUAUCUAUGCAAGCUCUGUUUAGCCUUGUGUUCUUCUAAUUUCCAGGAGAAACUAAUAUAAUGUCGCUUCCUUGAAUUUAUACUAUAUUGUUUGGACGUCACUGAUA